CCGCAACCACAAUUAUGGCUACUGCACCGAGCCUUGCAAACACCGGCGUCUUCACGUCUGCGAGCACUGCCGGGACAAAGAGCAUAAGGCGCCCCAGUGCAAGUCCGGAUCUCGCUGAGCCGCCGAGAGUGCCUGCAAGCGCUCAGACGCCUUUGCGUGCUGACGCUUUUGCAAGACUGCUUGCGGACCAUCCCAACGCACAUCUACGCCAGUUGAUCGUCACCACCUUGCGUACCGGAGCAGACAUCCGAUACACAGGGCCGCAACAAGGCCGCUACACGAAGAACUCUCUCUCCGCACGCAUUCACCACGCCGCGCUCCUCCAAAGCAUCAAGAAGGAGGUCUCGCUGGGACACUCCGUCGGUCCGUUCCCAAAUCCUCCGCUUCCCCACUUCGUCGUCAACGCACUCGGUAGCCGUCCGAAGAAAGACGGGGGCCACCGAACCAUAAUGGACCUCUCGCAGCCACAUGGGAAUAGCGUUAACGACCACAUCCGGGGCGAUGAAAUGCCCCUGCAGUAUUGUUCUGUCGACGAUGCCGUUCGUUUAAUUACGAACGCCGGCAAGGGUGCAGUAAUGGCCAAAAUGGACGUGAAGUCGGCGUUCCGUCUCAUUCCCGUCAGGACUGCCGACUGGAACCUGCUGGGAUUCAGAAUCCGCGGUGAGUACUAUUUCGAUGUGGUGCUACCGUUCGGCUGCCGCUCGUCGCCGUAUAUCUUCGAAUUCUUCUCCACUGCCAUACACUGGUGCGUGGAAAAGAAAGCCCGUCUAGCCACCUUACUGCACUACGUUGACGAUUUCUUCUUCGUCGGAAGACCCGGGACCAGCGAGUGCGAGCUACUUAUGACGUCCAUGCAAGCGGUGUGCAGCGAGCCUGGGGUGCCGUUAGCUCUGGAUAAAACGGAAGGCCCCGCAACUCGGCUGACAUUUCUUGGCAUAGAGCUCGACUCAGUUACGCAAACCCUAAGUCUACCUUCAAAAAAACAGCACGAUAUUGCUGAUAGCUUCCGCAGCUGGCACGGAAGAGCCUCCUGUACCACAGCAGAGCUUCAAAGCUUAAUCGGAACUCUUUCGUUUGCCUCCAAGUGUGUACCAUGCAGUCGCUUGUUCACGAGGCGCAUGAUUAUGCUCCUUUCCGCCUUCCACGGGCGGCCGGUAGUUACGCUAAACGAAGACUUUCACCAGGAUUUGGACUGGUGGAGAACGUUCCUGCCUCAUUGGAACGGCACAGCUUCCUUCUUGGAGCCCGACUGGACCACGUCCGACGUACUGCAUCUGUACACGGACGCAUCCGCCACGCUAGGGCUGGGAGCCUUCUACCAUGACGAAUGGUUUCAGCUCAGGUGGCCGGAAUGGAUCCUUCAAAGCCCGCCAUCGAUCGAAUACCUGGAGAUGGUUCCCAUUCUCCUCGCUAUGAUCGUUUGGGGGCCUAAACUGCGGCGGCGGAGAGUCGUUUUCCAUACCGACAACGCCGGCGCUGUGGAGGCAUGGGCACACCUGCGCUCCAGCAGCCCGGGCGUUCUUGAUCUCAUGCGGCGUAUGACGCGAGCGGCGGCCGACAACAACUUUACAUUAACUUUAAAGCAUGUUCGCGGCGUCGAUAACGGUAUUGCUGACGCUUUAUCUCGCUUUCAGACACAGCGCUUCCGCAUUUUAGCCCCUCGGGCGUCAGUGUCACCAACAUCAUGCCCAGACAUCUUUGCAAGCCUACAGGUGUCCUACAACCAAGCGGAACACUCCUUGGCGCACACAUCUCCUCCUCUUCCCGAGCAACGUACGACUCAUCAUUGA